AUGACCGCACCUACGGAAUCCCACGAGGAAACCACAAUGACCAAGAAGAAGCGAGCACGCCGCGCACGAAGAAAUGCCCCGGCUCCCGCCGCAAUGAAGCCGAAAAAGACCUUAUUUGCGGAUGAGAUCGGAGAUGUCCUAGUUGACCAGUUGCUCUAUGAGACGCCCAAACGCGACGACGAGGAUAACAAUAUCGAUGUCUCCUCAUUUUCCCUCAUUGACCACUUGCGUAACAACAUCUCAGCAUGUCCCGCGGCCUCUUCCUGUUCGAGUUCAGCAACCUUCCAUACAAUACCCCAUUCCAGCCCAGCGACGAGUGUGAACAGUCAUGAGCCCUCAGUCGCUCCCUUACAAGUGUCAUCGAAGGUCGAUGUCCUCGACCAAAACGGUGAUUGCCUUCACGCGAAAACAGAAAACCAAGGCCAAGAUUCGGUAUUCGGACUUGACGAUUUCAAAACGAUCACAGCCAUCCAACAGAUAGCUGCAUUACAUGGCAGAGUGGCACACAUGGGAAUUCUCGAUCACAGCUACCGAUUCUUCGUGAACAAAGCAAGAACGGCAGCGUUGUCAUUUAAGCCCCGAGACGGAGUGGCUGUCAUCGGCGGAGAUCCAUUAUGCAAUAAAGAGGAAAUCCCCGAACUCCUAUCCGAAUUCGCAGCGUACCGCCAACGGCAUCGCUUGAGCAUAGCCUUCAUGGGCGCCAGCGAGUCCUUCCUCAACGAUCACUCAAAACUAAACGGCUGGACAACCAUCCGUUUCGCCACAGAACGUGUACUCAACCCCCAAACAAACGAAGUCAUCCUCGAGAACAGUGGGAAACGAAUCUUGACAAAGAGCCGUCAACUCACAAACAAAAAUAAAGGCGGCAUUACCAUGGGCGUGUACGCCCCCGCCGUCCACGGCAUAGACCAAGAACUACAAACCAACCUAAUCACCAUCUACGAUACCUGGCGCGCCGAGCGCAACGCCUCAGCCUGCCCACAGGCCUUCAUAACCGUCUAUGACCCCUUUGCUGCCCCCGCCCUGAUGACAUUCAUCUACACCCGCGCCCCAGACGGAGAAAUCAACGGUUUCGCCGGUCUUCGACGCCUCAGCUCCGGCGGAUACCAUGUCGACCCCUACAUCGCAGCCCCAGGGAGCGUGAAUGGAAUCAGCGACCUCCUCCUCAUCAUGGCUAUGGCACUCCUCCGACGCGCCGGCGUCACGUACCUCGGCCUCGGCGUCGAACCGCUCGAAUCACUCACCAGCGAUGAUGUUAGCGGCAUGCCAUGGCCCUGUAAGAAGUUCACACGCGGUCUGUACGGUCAUGCGUUCCAUCGUCUGCCCAUCGGCGGCAAGAAGGCAUACCAUGAUAAAUUCCGUCCAGAUCCUGAUCAGGAGUCGGAUCUUUAUCUUGUUUUCCCAUCUGGCAUACCCAGUCCCCGACAUGUCCUUGCUAUGACCCAUAUGGCCAAUAUCAGUUUGCGGAAAAUGUUCCGGGCGGAUGUUGAGGCUUUUGCAUUGACUCGGAAGUUGAAGGCAGGUGGUAAGAAGGAGGUUUCGGCAGAACAGACUGAUAAGGGUAAAGGGUUUGAGGAUGAGGUCCUUGUAUUAUACGCACCUUGUGUGCGUUAA